GAAAACAAACAAAAAUAACAACAAGACCAGCCAGCUGAAUUUCACCUUUCACCCUCCUAGUCAUUUGUGAUUUUUGUGUUUACUUGAGUUUACAGUAGUCAAUAUUUUCAAGUUUCUGUCACAUAUAGAGUAAUUAUAAGCUUGCCGUUGCGUUAAACGAUAUUUUAGUCCAUUGCCAGGUCUACUUUUCAUCUUUUUUGUGGAAAAAGGUAGAGAACAAGUUAAUGCAGUCUGUUGACAUGGCCUCAGUUGAUUCAGGGGUAGAGACUGGAAAUGAAAGUAAUGAUGGCCCAUUGGAUGGAAAGAAUGAAAUGUCAGUGGUGGAACAUAUAUCAACUGGUAGUUUCCCUCAACUCUAUCCCAUGAAUGGCUUACGUAUGACUGGCUGCCCAUUAGGGCCACCAUUUCUCCCUGAUCUUCAACUUCCACCAUCUGUUCUUCCUCCUGGGUUUUGUGGAAGUAAUAAGAUGCAAGUAAAAAGACGUGUUCCUAAACACCCUUCACGCUAUUCACACCUACUAAGUAGACUUAUAGGUCUUGACAGUCAAGGUCAAGUUGAGCGGAAGUUACGAGUGGCUGUAUCAUCGAAUAAUAUUGAGCUAGUCCAAAGCUAUUUGUUUUCGGGUGUGAGUCCAAAUUGCAUUGAUUCCAUGGGAAGGUCUCCACUUCAUCUAGCUGCAUGCAGUGGUUAUGCAGACAUAGUCAGGUUACUGUUAGAAAAUGGUGCCAAUCCUAAUCAGCGAGAUCGUUUAGGAAACACCCCAUUACAUUUAGCAGCUUGCACAAACAAUAUUGUUGUUGUGACUUUAUUGCUUAAAGCUGGCACUGAUGUUUGUUCAAGUGAUUUGCAUGGACGGAGUCCUUUGCAAUUGGCACAGUCUAAGUUAAAACUCCUUCAGAAGCAUAUGUCUAAUGAUGGCACUAUUACAAUUUACCUCACAAAAGACAGAGGCAGCAGACCUACUCCACAUAAACAGGAAACAUUUAAUGAAUUACCUGUGUAUGAUAAUUCUUUUGUAGCCAAGCAGGCUUUACAGAUUGUUGAAAUGAUAACACUCUUUCUUCAAAAAAGGGGACAAGAAGCAGAGGCUGAGCUGCUAAGUACCUUUUCAUCUCGCCUAUCUUUAAGUGAAACGAAGGAGCAGGUUGAGACCCAGGUUAAAGACUUAUUAGAUAGUUUAUCAGGUCUUAGCCUUGCCAGUGAUUGCCAGAAUAGCGAUCAAAGUAGCAGUAGUAGUAACAGCAGCUGUAGUAGCAGUGGCAGCAGCAGCAGCAGCAGCAGUAGCAGCAGCAGCAGCAGCAGCAGUACUAGUAGUACUAACAGCAACUCUAACAACACAAACAGCAGUCUUGUUUUAUACUCUAGUGAGAAACCUUUUGCAAGUCUGCCGUCCUCAUCUUUCUCUUCAUCAUCGUUAAAUCCCAACAUUUUUCAUGGCUUUCUUGGAUCAUUUGAUAAGAGUUCGUCUCCUCAGUGAAAGAGUCAUUUCAUAGUAAUUUACUCCCUCUGUUUAGGAAAAAGACUGUAUGUCAAUUUAUUGAGGAGUAUGGCUUUCUCAGCAGGAUGAUUAAUUUUAGCAUCUAUUUCGGCGUGACCAAACUUCCAUCUUCAACACAUUAUCGCAUUUAUGUAUUUUAUUCGAAGCUGCACCCUUUUUUUCAAUUUUCAAACUCAAAAGUCUGGGUGUUGCUUGGAAUUGAGGGACCUUAUGGUAGUCUUUCCUGUUACAUUACAAGUGCGGAUUAGAUUCGCGUGUGGCUUAGAAUCUAAUAAAUCUGGUAUUGUAUAAUGUAAUUUCAAGAUCUUUUUGUGAUAAGUAAUCUACCUAUCCAAGUGUUAUCUUUAUAUGUACCUUACGUACCUAUAAUCAUCUAUGUUAAUAAUAUCUCUGUACAACAGCCUCUUAAAGCGGUCUUUGGACACCUUUAUGGAAAUUUUGACCAAAUCAUUUUUUUUCUUUUUGGAUAAGUAUUGAUCUUAUGCUUAUGCUAUAUUCUAAUGGUGUGUUUGAUUGACACAGCACCAAGUCAAAUUUCCAUUCUCCUCCUUUUGCCUAUCUAUGUAUUUGACAAUCAUGAUGUAAUGUUUGCACACAUGGUCUGUCUUGCCGGUAUCAAUUGAAUCAUAAUUUCAACUGUGCAUUAGUGUGAAAUUACACUAGUUUAGAAACUGAAGUGUACAAUAUUUAAUCAAAAGUCAAUAUGAUGUACUCCUAUAUGUUGUCUUAACAAUUGGAUCUUAAAACCUGUCUGUUCAAUAAAACUGUAACUCAUUUA